GCAAGUAUGGGUACGAAUUCAGAGACGACUUUCAACAAACAAACGUCUGUGACGAGAUGUGGCAUCUUUGUAUUGCUCGCUUCGGCCAUAGCAACGUUUAUCAUCGGGAUUUUGAUUGGUCGAUUUGCUACGUGCCUUGACCCGAAAACGGACGUGCGGAAAGGACCAUAUUUACCGAAUGUAUCCGACAAGCUCAUGCGUGACGAAGACACGACUAUCAUAGACGAACUGAUGAACAGUAUAGAUUCUGACCACAUACGAAGCAACCUAAAAAUGUUGACAGAAAAGCCUCACCUUGCAGGGGAGCAAAGCACGGAACUGGGAAAAGUAUUGCAGAAGAGAUGGCUCGAGGACGGUUUAGAUCACGUGACUAUGACUCCUUACUACGUGCUGCUGUCAUAUCCGAACAUGUCGGAUUUGAACUACGUCGAGCUCCUUAACGGCAACACGAUUAUGUACAAGUCUAACCUGACUGAACCGACGUUGACACCUGAGGAAGACAAACCGGGCGUCGUUCCACCUUUCAAUGCAUAUUCGGCGCCGGGGGAUGUCUAUGGAGAACUGGUGUACGUGAAUUACGCGCGACUCGAUGAUUUUGACCUGUUGAAGUCGAUGAACAUAUCCGUGGAAGGGAAAAUCGUGUUCGCCCGUUAUGGGAAGGGCUACAGGGGCGAUAAGGUAGCCUUGGCGGAGAAGCUGAAAGCCACAGGAGUGAUUCUUUUCUCGGACCCAGCGGAUAUUACCAAUGGCGAUACGUCCGACGUGUAUCCACAUAGCUGGUGGCUUCCUGCUACUGGUACCCAGCGUGGGACGCUCUUAUUAGGAGACGGGGAUCCUCUGUCGGCCGAUUAUCCGGCUAUAAGCUCAGCGUACCGUGCGAAGAUUGACCCGAAGUUCCCUCUGCCAAGCAUCCCCUGCCAUCCAAUCGGCUACGGCAUCGCGGUGAAAAUCAUGGAGCAGUUGAGCGGCUCAGAGGUUCCAUUAGCAUGGCGGGGUGGUAUGAAUGUUACCUACAGGUUCGGAAACGGAUUUGUGAAGCCAGGAUGGAGAGCACACAUACAUGUUACAACACGAAACCAGAAUGUUACAAUUUACAACACUGUUGGUAUCAUCAGGGGCGAGUUCGAACCAGAUCGCUACGUGAUACUGGGUAACCACAGAGACGCCUGGGUGUUUGGCGCUCUGGACCCAUCGAGUGGCACCGCGAUCAUGAUGGAGAUUAUUCGAGUUCUGGGAGCCAUGGUGAAAUCCGGCAAGUGGCGUCCGAGGAGGUCCAUAAUGUUCUGUAGCUGGGGAGCGGAGGAGUACGGUCUUACAGGAUCCACCGAGUGGGUAGAGCACUACGUAAAAUCACUUGGCUUCAGGACAGUUGCAUACCUAAACGUGGACAUUGCCAUAGAUGGAAACUUCACUUUCUGGGCAGAAGCGACCCCUAUGAUUUUUAACGCCCUUACCUCGGCGACAAAGAAAGUGCCUAAUCCCAACAGAACCGAGGUUGCGGCUGGCCGAAAGUCCGUUUAUGACACCUGGCUUCAUACCUUUCCUGAUACCGGUAAAGAUAAACCGCGAAUCAAACUGCCUGGCUCCGGGAGCGAUCAUUCUGCUUUCAGAGACCGUCUCGGAGUGCCUGUAGUAGACUUUGGUUACUUAGCGGAUCCGAAUAUUGGAGUGUCAAACUACCCGAUGUAUCACUCCGUAUAUGAGACGUUUCAUCUAGUGGACAAAAUCAUGGACCGCGGAUUUCAGUACCACCGCGCCGUGGGUCAAGUAUGGCUGGAGAUGGCCCGCAACCUAGCGGACUCGCUCAUCAUUCCUUUUAAAGUCACAAACUAUGCCAAUACACUGAACACUAUGACUGAGGAGUUCUUGAAUAGCUUUAAAACAGCUUUAGAGGAGCAACAUAUUAAUACAACACUACUCCAGAUAUCAGUGAAAAACUUUACUAAGGUUGUCAACGAGUUUGAAAAAAGUCUUCAAACUUCUAAUCUUCAAGAUCCGUUUGUUGUACAUCGUAUAAAUGAUCAACUGAUGCAGCUCGACCGAUCGGUCUUAGAUCCCGCUGGCCUUCCCAACAGACGUCUAAAAAGACAUAUCCUGUUCGCGGAAAGUGUGUUGGACAGCUAUGUCGGAAGUAGCUUCCCCGGCCUCUCCGAUGCCUUGGUUGAGAUCCGGCAAGGACGCAACGUGACCCAGCAGUGGGAGAUCGUUCGUCAACACUACUCCGUCAUCCUCUUUGUCAUCCAGUCUGCAGCGUCAACGCUUAAAAACGUCACCGACUUCAUGACCAACUACUAUUGAAAAGACACGUUGACUGUUUAAAAAAGCGCUCAUAUUCAUUCCAAUGUGUGUUUUUCAUGUCUAUAUAGAAUAUUUCCUCAUACUUGAAUUAGAAAUCAUUCUGCGAAAAAACAACAAUAGUUACAUGUUGUCCCAUAUGUAUUUAUAUUUGAUAUGCAUUCAUAUAUCAAGUAUUCAAAUAAAGUAGCUAGUACAUGAAGAUGAUUGAAAUAAUUAUACAGUAUAUUAUAUUAUGGAUUUGUAUGUAUUAUGUAUUCCAUACUACUACUAACCAUUAAAUGAUAUUGUAAUAUAUUUUUUUUACAAAUAAAUAUGCAUGUAUUUCAAUCGUAAAAUAUUAUCACGAUGAGUUCCUAUGUAAUAACUAACAAAGGCAUCUACUAUGUAUAUUGAAUACGUAUAUGCUACAAUACAAUAUGUUGUUUGAUAUAAGUUUAUAUAGAUAUAGAUGACUAUAACGUUACAAUUUGUAAAUAUUUAUCAUUUUUUUUGUUAAAGACUAGACUAAUGUGUAUUUUAAAUUCUACUUUACCAGUUUCAGUGUAUUUAUAUUCAAUGCGUAUUUUUCAUCUUAUUGUUUGUUUAAAUCAUGCUUUAAAUGUAACACAUUAUCGCAUUAUCAGCAUUGUUAAUAUAUAUAUAUAUUGAUUGUUUAGAUUAUAUAUUUAGAUAAUAAACUAAUAUUUACAUAAAGAAUAACAUGGCAAUUGCUUACAUAUCGAUUCGAAAAGCAAAGUACAACAUUUCUAUGUAUAUAAACCUAAACGCAGGCACGGGCUAGCUUAUUGUGACACGUGUUGUUUUUAAAUUAUAACAAAAAAGUUUCAGAUGGAGCAAAGUAUUUUUGUGGUUUAGGUCCGGCAUGUGUUUACCUAAAUACAAUGUUUUACUCUUGAAUUAUGUUUUAUAAGUAGUUUUUUUAGUUCAGUUAUUGCCCUGUAACAAUAUCUGUUUUACUAAUUUUAGAUUAUUUAGUUUACUUCAUAGUGAAUUUGUUAUGUAUAUACGUAAUCUUUAGUUCUUUUUGUAUUCAUAUCCAUUAAUUGCACGAUGUAAUGCCGAAUACAAAAUGACAUUGUUGCUCAUACGUUAGAGUUUAAUAAAUGUAUUAUUACCAGCUUAUUAUUCAAAUGGUUUAUUAAUUGCCGUCGAUUAAAGAAGUGUUGAAUAAUAUUACAUAUGUAUGUUUAGAACUACGAAAUUGACUAUUGACCAGCUGCUGUAAGCCUCUUAUUCUCUGCGAUAACCUGAUUUCUAAAAGGAUGCAAAUAGAAAUAUCCUUUAAAAGUAUUCGGCGUUAACAAUAGCUUUAAUUUACUUAAGGCAUGUUAAAUUAGCUAAUUAUUUAUAAA